GUUAAAAAUAGGUUUCAUCGUGAUCAUCAGAAAUAUAAGGCAGGGAUCAUUAUCCAGCUUAAAGAGGCCUCUGUCAUUGGAAAAUACAAUUGCCAUAGAUGGGUGUACUUGGCCUGUACAAUAUUUAGGUGGGUGGUACAUGUCAAAGUUACAUACACAAGAACAACUUGGACUGUGAAAUGCAGGAGGCUCCUUUUGACAGAUUGUCCACCAUCUAGGUUGUUCUACCCAGGCUGUUUGGCGUUGUUGGCAGUAGUUGUUACGUGAGGGCACGCACACAUGGCAAACAGACCCAGGGUACGGCCCAUACAGACCACAAGCAAAGACGAUAAUAUGAUGAGCCAACAAACACAAGCAGCUCCCACAGUUUUCAUGUCUAUUAUCCAAGCACAGGUGGCACCUUCAUUACACUCACUAGUCUCUGCCCAGAGCAUAUACAGGUAAAGAUAAUGUGGUGUUAUGGUACCCAUAAUGUACCCUUUCACUGACAGCCAGUCACUGUCGCCUUUGCUUGCAAUGGUGUUGUGAAUAAAAAAGAUGGACUUCUACUGACUGGAUGCAAAUCAUAUUUAGCAACGAAUCCAGAAUAUAUCCCUACCGCACCUUGUUUAUGGGUGGCUCCACUGUAGAGCAUUAUAAAAGACCAGUUCUUCCAAGAAUCAGUUUUGUGGAUUGGAUUUAUGAAGAGAGGUGACAUUAUUCCACAAGAAUGAAUAUCGUCUCUGCAGCCCUCAUAUCAGUCUCUGCACUGUGGAGCAUUCUGGAGGUGAAUUCUUUGCAGUGCUACUCAUGCACCGAGAUGAAAAACAACACUGAGUGCAACCAGCUACCGACAGUGACCUGCAACUCCUCCAGCUAUUGCUUUACACAAGUGGAGAAAUUGAUGAUUCACAAUCUGAAGAUAACUAAGAGAUGCGCACAAAGCACUGAAUGUAACGCAGGAAACUACAAUGUGUGGAUAGCUUCAAAGCACACCUCGUGCUGUAACGGAAACCUUUGUAAUGAAUUUGCCAACGGGAAGAACAAAGUAACAUAUAAUGCUUUUUUAAUAAUGGUGGCAGUUCUGGCUCUUGGGAUCUUUAAGAACAUUUAA